CCGCUCGUCCUGUAUUCUCUGCCUCUACCUUCCCUCCCCCGUUACCCGUUAGUCGUCUCGUCCCCUUCCGCUGCCAGUCCGCCGCUAAUCUUCCGCCAGCCGACUGUAUUCCGCCAAUCUUCCGCCAGUCCGCCGCCAGCCGCGAUGAGCGCGGAGGAGGUGCAGCCGCCGCGCGUGCUGCCGACGGUGCCGGAGACGGUGCUGAAGAAGCGGAAGAAGGACGAGCAGUUCGCGGCGGAGAAGCGCGAGCAGUUUCUGCAGAAGCACGCGCACCGCGGCAAGCGCGGCAAGGCGGAGAAGCGCUUCAAGCGCCCAGAGGACUUCGUGCUCGCGUUCCGCCGGAGGGAGCGCGAUGCGAAGCGGGUGAGGGCGGACCGGGUGGUGGGGCGGCGGGUGCAGCUGAAGCCAGUGGUGGCGGAAGGGGGGAGCGCGGGGCGGAGGCGGGCGGCGCGGCGAAAGUUGAAGGCCGCGCAGAAAGCAGCGGAGCGGAUGGGCGCAGCAGGGAAGGUGGAGGGCGCUGGUAGAGGCGGGAGUGAGGCGGGGCAGGCGGUAGCGGCGGAGGGGAAGGGGAGCAUUCUGGCAGGGACCAACCUUAAGCUGCUGUUCGCUGUGCGGAUCCGAGGGGUGCCUCGGGAAAUGACGAAGCGAUCGCAGAAUGUACUGAAGAUGCUUCGACUCACAGAGCUGAACUCAGGCGUCUUCCUGCGGGCGUCGGACCGCGUGGCUCAGAUGCUGCAACUCGUCGAGCCCUUCGUCACCUUUGGCUUCCCCGACCUAUCAUCGGUGCGCGCUCUUAUAAUGAAGCGCGGGGUGGCGCGGAUCAGGCAGGAGGGGGAGGAGGAAGAGGGGGAAGAUGCAGGGGAAGGGGAGGAGCAGGAGGAGGGCGAGGAGGGAGGGGAGGGUGAGAAGGAAGGGGCGAAGCCAGGCGAAGCAAUGGCAGCAGAGGGGGCAGGAGGGAGCGGAUCGGCGACCGUAGGGGCGCCGCAAAAGGCAGCGGCGAUGCUGGGGUGGACGGGGCCGGUGGAUGCGGAGGAGGAGGCCAAGGGGUGGCGGAGAGUGCCGCUCACUGACAACGCCCUCGUGGAACAGGCGUUGGGCAGCACAGGCAUCAUCUGCAUCGAGGAUUUGAUUCACGAGAUCGCUACAGUGGGCCCGCACUUCCUGCAGGUGACGGGCUUUCUAUGGCCCUUCCGCCUGACGGCUCCGCGGGGCAAGUUCAGCAAGGGGCAGUGGUUCAACAAGGGGGGGGAGGCCGGCAACCGAGGCAUUCAGAUCAAUGACCUCAUUCGCCAAAUGGCAUGACCUUGGUCUUGACAAACAGUGCUGUUAUUUUGUUUCCAGUGAGUGGAGUUAGUAGCAUUCAAUCAAGCGAUGCAUACUGUAUUCAAUGCAUGACGACCCAAGACACGAGAAGCGCUUAUGCCUGGGGAAACCAUAAGGAGUAAGAAAGUCUGGUACAGGGAAGGACCCACCCACAUGCAAGGCAUGUUCAAAUGGUGCCAUUGUCAACAAUCAUAUACCAUAAUCAGGCCCCCAAAUUGGUUUUGGGGUUGUCUGAUUCGUCAGACUUGCUUGCCAUCCCUUGGUAUGGGC